UUUGUGUGUUUUGUGUGUGACAGAUAUUUCACUUCUUGUAAUGACUGAAAAUGUUAUUUUGCCAACUGUAUAUAACUUCUCUCAGAUCUUUACAGCCACUAAUGUUAAGGAUCCCGACCUUGGAGAAGUUAGUAGUUACAGGGAGCUGUACACUACUUUGCUGCACAGGUAUGGAGGGAUGAUAGGCCUUUACCAGGUCAUUGCCGGUCCCUUCGGAGGCAUCACAGAAGUACGGUAUUCACGCAGCAUUCUAGAAGGCAUUAGCUGGGACCCGGCAACAAAUACGCACAAUGUCUCUGUCUUCCAUUCAUGGCUCCGCAUUCAAGCAUCAUUAUACUUGAAAAGCCCCAUGGUUCACGCCAAGGCAGUCUGGAGGGACUUACAGUAUGAACAGUCCAUUUUCGAUUUUUAUCUUAAAGAACUCUUUCGUCCGAACAAGUUGAGCAUCUUUAUCCACCCUUCGUUUCCACCUACGAGGGUCCCUCAUGGCGAGCCUAUGAGGAACCAUAAGGGACAAGUGUUACUCAAGUCUGUUACAAAAGGCAUCAAGACGAGAUUCCAAGGCACAAGUUAGCGUCAAGGUCUCACUACCAUAUAGUAAAGCUAGCAGUAUCAGUCUUGAAGACACAUAGCCUGGUCCUUCUGCACCGGUACCGGCAUCUCCAAAUACUCUUAUUAAGAUAUUUCAUCCCAGGCCAAUCUGUCUACUGACUUCCUAAUCUGACAGUCUGGAGUCAAUAACUGCACUACCAAGAGAGUAAGUGAAGGGCUGUAUUUUGGAGUAUGUUAAUAUAACCACAAAAAAAAAA